AUGAGGCCAUCUGUGUAUACGGGUGUACUCAGUGUGUAUUCCAACAUCCCUAGCUCCGUGACAGAGAGAACGCGCCCGCCGCUCAAAGUCCGCUGUGACUUCACACUUUUCUCACCGUCCACGGACUCCAUGUCCUUUUGCAGCGCUCACAAUCGCUUCAACAUCUCGACGCACGAUGAUGCACUUUCGGCCGAACUCCGCAAAACAAUCUACCUCAAAACACACUGGAUUCUACUCGAAAUACACAGCAGCCAGUGUGACUCGGAGCGAAGUUCUCUCGAAAGGUCGAAAGGCGUUGCACUCUGCUAUCGUCUGCGCUGCAAGCUCGCCGUGUUUGUUUGCAAUGACUUUCAUCACGCCUGGAACGUCGAAAGCGUACCUAGGAGCCACCCAAACAUUUCCAACGCUGUCUUCGCUCAAGAUAUGACGGGAGCCACCUCGCUAUUCAGGCUCACCUCAAGUAUUCCUUCAUCCUUGGAGCUCUGUCGGUCUGUGUGCUCUGAGCCCUCAACGUCAAUUUGCAUCGCCACACCAGGUGAGCUCCGCAUCGCACACUCAAUGAUACUCCCUACAAAUACAAGUCUGUUAGUUGAGUCAAGCUAUCAUGGAAAGUCGGAAAUGAAUUUCAAAGGCUCACUAGUCACCGCAGAACAUCGGUAUCCAACACUCGUACAUUCUUAUUACGCUGCAGCUGCCUUCCUGGUUGUCGGAUUUCCUUCUACGAGAUCACAUUUCUUGCACCCCCCCCCCCCCCCCGGUCAUUACGACUUGCUCUGCAACCACGGUCGCUUUGAAGCGAUUUUCAUCACACCUUCCAUCACGAUUCCUAUGAAGCGUUCAGCGUCGAUGUACAAUUAUCUAAUCGUCGACAUUAGGUAUGGAUCACACUGCAGGAGAGAAUGUCAGAAAACAGCCACCCUUUUCCUUACUUCGGUCUCUAACGCCGGCUUCGAAAGCACUGCGAAAUGGCUCAUAAUGGUGUCAAAUAAUGUGAUUGAACAUCCACCAUAUAGUAUACGCAGCAUAAUCAAUACACACGAAACAUGCCCUGUACUCGACUCUAUCGAAAUUGAACAGCAAAUGACGACUGCCCCUUCUCGCUCACGCUCAUCGAGCGAACACAUCAUUGGCGACGAUCCCGCCUACAUACACCAACUGACGACAAAGGAUCCCCUUCGCGCAUACAUACAUGGUCGCGAAAUAUCAGCAAAAGCGGAAGGCGACGAAGGAUUGACAUAUAUCAUGCUCCGUUGGAGACAGCGAGGUUUCACGGCUGUCGGCUUGCUUAAGGCUCAUCAGACUGCGCCUACUAAGUGUUGUGAAGAGCUGCCUCCGUACUUGCAAGAGUUGAAGGACGUGCAGAAGGAUGCCGGACUUUUCAUUUGUAAGCGUAUGGCUGAUAGCUGUUGGUUGAGAGCGGGUUCGCCCGCUAGCAAUUCUCACCUCCUUACAUGCGUCACUGUACAGCAAAAUCGUUAA